AUGUACAAAUUACUAAAAAAAAUCGCUUCCCAAAGACAAAUUCUGGGUCGAUACAGUAAUAUAAACUUCAACGUUAAUGUAAGAACAUUUUUAUCUCAGGCAUAUUAUUGUCAAGAAGUUUGGGAUCGAAGAUUGAACUCUCCCAUUCUCCAAAAAGUUAACUUGGAUGAUCUCUACUAUGAAUUAGAAUCUAGAUUUUUGAAAACACGCCAAGUGAGUGCUGUGGAGGUUGAUAUAUUCGCAAAUGCUGUUACUGAUGACACAUUUGUGGAUGAGCUACUUGACAUUCUUUAUAAGUUGAGGUUAACUGCAGAUACUGGAAAUACACUGAACUCCACAUCACAUGCAGUUGUACGGGCUCUGCUGCGAUGUGGAAAAAAAGAUGAUUUAUUGAACACUUUAGAUGACAGGUUGAACUAUGGCUUGUUUUUGGAUUACUACACUGCAAAUCUAUUGAUGGAUUCAUUUUACAAAAGCUCAGACUAUGCUUCAGGUGCUAGAGUAGCAAGCCAGUUAAUGUUACAGGAAGAAUAUGAACACCCUAUAACUCACAGCUUUGCAUUGCUUCAUUGUUACAAUUAUUUACUAAAACCUGAAGGCUGGCCUAUUCCUACACCACCUGAAGAACCAGAAGAAGAAGUAAAAGUUCGUGUCAAAUUCUUGAGAAACCCAUUUGAUGAUGAUCAUUUUGACUUGAGGGAUCCCAAAAAAAUUGUUGGAAAAACAUUGGCCAUGUUUAAUAAAGCAAAAAAUGACCCCUUGAGUAAUUCAUUUAGCAUUUUGGGUUGGGCUCUAUUUGGUAAGCUAGAUAAAGUUGAAGAAUUUGUUACAUCAUGUAAGAAAGACAAUAUUGUUUUAUAUAAGGAAAUCAUUGAUUUAAUACCAGAUGAUGAGAGUAUAAAGAAUAUAGUAUCAGAAAUAAAAACCCAAUCUAUGGAUAUAUCAAAACACUUGAUAUCUGAAUUGGAAAAAGUUGUACAAACUCAGUCUGAGAGAGAUAUUGCAGAACAAUGUGAAGUAUUUUCUAAAUGGGAGAGCCAGAGAGUACAAGCCUUGGAAGACCAAAAAGAAAAAUUAUCUAGAGCAAAACGUCUAGAAACCUUGGAAAAUCUCAAAAAAUCCAUGCAGGAAAAAGAAACAAAACUUUGGUUCUUUGAAAAUGAGGAAAAAAUUGAACUAGAAAUUGAAGCAGGGCUGGAAAAAAUGGUUGCACCCAAAACCAAGAAGAAAGUAGUGAAAGAAGAACAGAAUUAUGUACCACCUGAAGUUUGGUCAAAACAGAGGAAUCCAAAUAACUGGGCUUGA